AUGGUUUGGCAACUAUCAGGAGAGACAUCAGCAUCUGUACGACCACAAAAUAGUCUGCUGGAGGAAGUGUUGCAGUUUGAUCACACUACAGCUCCUGCUCCUGUUAUAACAGAAGACAGAAGCAAAAAUUUAGUAGAUAUUAUUACUCAGAAAAUUAAAGAUAACAAGCAGAUUGCCGCAUUGGAACAAAGUAAUAUUGCGGCAAAAAGUUGGCAACUAUCAGGAGAGACAUCAGCAUCUGUACGACCACAAAAUAGUCUGCUGGAGGAAGUGUUGCAGUUUGAUCACACUACAGCUCCUGCUCCUGUUAUAACAGAGGAGAGAAGCAAAAAUUUAGUAGAUAUUAUUACUCAGAGAAUUAAAGAUAACGCAUGGGAUGACGUGGAGCGAAAAGAAAAGCCAGUAAAGAAAGCUUAUGAAUACAAGAAAGCUCAACCGAUAAGUCAAGAGAAAAGUAAAAUGAGUCUGAGUGAAAUAUAUGAGAGAGAAUAUCAACAACAACAGAAUCCAGAGGAAGAAAAGGAAAACAAAGAACAUGUUGAAAUUAAGAAAUUGAUGAAAUCUCUCUUUUCGAAAUUGGAUGCUCUAACCAACUUUCAUUUUACACCCAAACCGUUAAAGUGUGAAGUGACGAUCGUAUCCAACGUGCCGUCAAUCAAUGUGGAGGAGUGCACACCGGUAAACGUGACUGAGGCGGCACUACUCGCUCCAGAAGAAAUUUAUGACAAACAGAAAACUGAAAUAAAAGCUCAAACAGAGAUGACAAAACAAGACAGAACGCGAAAGCGUCGUUUGAAGAAAGCGAAAACUGGAGCUGAAAUUGAUCCAUGCAAUCGUCCUCUUAAAAUCAUAAAAAACUUACAUGAUGGCUCUUUCCGCAUUCCUUUUCGCAAUUGAGGAGACGGCCUAUUUUCUUCAUUCGUGUUUUCUGUAAUCAAGAAAUGGACAAAAAAGCAAGCCUAAAUGUGUGUUUCUUGAUAUCAAAAUCAAACAUAAGCAUCAACAGUAAUUAUUAUAUCUCUUUUGACAUUUACUCAAGUGAAAGGAAACAUGUGUUUAUCAAUUGACUUACUUACUUUUUUUUUUUUUAAUUAUUAAAUCUGUUUCUAAGGCUUCGCCAUGAUCUUCUCUCAACAAUCUAGAAAAAUUAAGAUCAGACAAAUGAUAUCAAAGAGCUGAUCCCCUUUUAAGAAAUAAUCUUCAAUGCAUUACAUUUUCGCUCUCCAUAUUUUGCCAAAACUUUUCCCGUACACGUCUCUUGGAUGUUGUUUUUUGUAAUUUAACAGAGUCAUAUCUUCUUUAGCUGUGUAUCACAUUAAAAAAAUGAAUUAAUUUUUACUACUUAUACUAGUAAAAGUCAGUUUCUGUUUAAGAUAGUAAUCGAGCAAAGUAUUUUGUAGUUCUUAAAUACAAGUUAUUUAAUGUUUGAA